CUAAACUUUUUUGUAUAUUAUUACCCAGAAGGGAAUUCCGAUUCGGAAUCGACAACUUCUACCACCGAAUCCACUUCAACAACAGAAACGUCUACAACCGAAAAACCUUCUACAACAACUACAACUACUACAGAGUUGACUACAACUUCAACAACAACUGAAGCAACUACUACGACAGAAGCGAUAACAACAACUACAGAAGAUAGCAUUACAACGACAGAACCAAGCACUACUUCGACAACAACGACAGAAAUGCCGACAACGACCACAACAGAAGAACCCACAACGACUACAACCGAAAAACCAACGACAACAACAACAACUGAAGCUGCUACUACUACAACAACUACUGAAAAGCCUACAACGACUACUACUGAAGAGCCGACAACAACAACUGAAGAACCAACUACCACUACGACUACAACUGAAGCGCCUACAACUACAACGACAGAAACUCCGACAUCCACCACUACAAGUGAAGCACCCACAACUACAACAACAGAAGCUCCAACAACCACUACUACAACUACUACUACAACAGAAGCUCCAACAACCACUACUACAACUGAAACACCUACAACUACAACAACAGAAACGCCGACAACUACUACUACAACAGAAGCACCUACCACCACUACCACUGAAGUCCCAACUACUACUACAACUACAGAAAUAACUACUACUACUACUACUGAAGCUGAAACAACAACUACAACUACUGAAGCUGCAACAACAACAACUACAACUACUACAACUACAGAAGCUCCAACAACUACAACUACUGAAGCUGCGACAACAGCAACUGCAACUGCUACUACUGCAGAAGCUCCAACAACAACAACUACGUUAGCUCCUACAACAACAACCACAGAAGCAACUACGACAACUACUGAAGCGACUACAACAACCACUGAGCCAACUACAACAACCACUGAGCCAACUACAACAACCACAGAAGCAACUACAACAACCACAGAAAAGACUACAACAACAACUGAACCAACGACGACAACUACCUUAGAACCAACAACGACCACAGAACAAACUACUACUCCUGGACCUAGAACAGGAAUAUUCUAUAAUGUGACAGGAGAUUAUCAUUUCCCGAAUCUUCUCCGCAAUGGCUCUUCAGUAGACUCAUCAGACAUCACUAUUUCUAAUGGACCGCUGGGAUUCGGUUGGGCUAUUGACUUAGACGAUAAUGCUGGGAACGAAACCAAGCAGUGCUUGAAAAUGCGUGUCAUACCGAAGAACAAAAAUCAUGAAAACUGCUGGUCUCAUCCUAGUAACUGCCAGGAAGGAAUGUCAAUGAGUAUCUGGGUAAAAAUUACUUUCAAGAGAAACGAUCCUGAACUUCGAUACAUAUAUAGCACAGGAGCAGAUAGUGAUGGAAAUGAAGGUGUGGCGUUAUGUUUCCGAGGUAUAUUUAUGUACCAACUUGUGUCCACUGGGCAAGAGAUGUGGAAUCUUACAGUACCAGGACCGGUUAAAAAUAAUACAUGGUAUGAAGUUGGAAUGAGAUGGUCCAGUGAUACAGGAAUUGAGAUGUUUAUCAACGCUGAAAAAGUUGGCCAUGUUUUGUACCCUGACGAAGUGAAUCCUGCAAAGUCAAGAACCGGUGACAUGGAGUUGACGGUUGGUUGUCGCAAGUUGUCGGAUGGAGAAUAUGUUGAUUUUGCAUACGGAGAAUUUGAUGAACUAACAGCAUGGAUGUGGGCAUUAGAAGAAGAUCAAUAUCAUUUUUACCUCGGUGGGCACGAUCCGAAUUCAACUUGUGACCCAGAAACACAUCCACUCCACUGUGAAACUAAUAUUAAUAAAAUAUUAGACAGAAUGGAAAACACUGGAUUUGACAAUCUCGAGGGAUUAAUAAACGCUUUUGAUCAUUUGAAAGCUCUUUCUGAAAUAGAGAAAGAUCCAGCAGGUAGUGCAGAUGAAGAAGAUGAGAAUGCUGACAAUCGAAAUAUAGAUGAAAUUAAAACACUAAUUAAAAUAAUUGAAAACAUAAUGGAGAAGACUUGGGAUAAACCGGAUUCCUUGAAAGUAAAAGAUCUAGAAAAUUUAAUGGCGAUACAAGAUUUGACAAGCAACCUCUUGGAUCAAAAGUACGAAACUGGAUGGCAAAGUAUACAAAACCAAGGUAAAUCGUCGAUCGACUUCGUUAAUCAAGUGAGUGCGUACCAGCUUCAGAAAGCAAAACAGACAGAUACUGGAAAAGAACCCUUGAAAUUGAUGGUUAAAUCAACUAAUAUCGUUACAGAUAUUCGCAGAUCCAUGUUAUACGACGUCUUAGCUGCAGAUGAACCAAUAUCAUUUCCUCCUGAUCCUGCGGAAGAAGAUGGUGAUGACUACGAAGAUAAAGAGCGAAAAAGAAGAAAAAGAGAGACUAAUGAGGAUGAGGAUAAAGAUGAGGGUGAGGAUGAAGAUGAAAAUGAAAAAGAAGAAGAAAGUAAGGGCCGAGUAGUCAUAACUAAAGAAGUCUACGGCGAUUUAAACAAACUGGACAAAGUGGCUUUCACUGGAAGUUCUUACAGCUAUCUGGAUAGGCUUUCACCUUUGUGGAAUAAACAGACUGGAAAUUUUACAACGUACGUAUUUAUAGACAGCGAAAUAUUAUCUGCUACAGUUGAUCCUAAUGCAAGUUCCACAGCCUUGGAAAAAGAACCCAUAUUGGUAACUCUGAAACACAAAAGACAGGUGAAAGCAUCAGGACGCAAACUAUUGGCAGACAAGGAUUUACAGGAAAAUGGCGAAAUUAGGAAGCGCGAGUGUGUCCUUUGGGAUCCAAAUAUGGAUAUCAAAGGGAGCAAAAGGAAAGGUGGCUGGAACCCCGAAGAUUGUUCUGUCGCCAAUUCUACAGCAGAGGAAACAACAUGCCAAUGCUCACGAUUGGGAACAUACGCCAUUAUGUCUAAAAUAAGGCAGCCUUUUACGAUUACACCCGAAGAUGAAUGGGUAAAAAUCUGCAAAUGGAUAGGACAUGGACUAUCGAUAAUUUUGUUAAUAUUUUAUAUUUUUGUAAUUGUCCUCAGAGGGGCAUUGCAUGAACAAUUCCAUAUUAUUCGACUUAACAUGGCUGGAGCGGCACUUAUUGCUUCAGUUUGUUUCGUGUUGUCUGGUUUCUUUUAUGAUGAUGAGGAAGUAUGCCGAGUCUUGUCUAUUAUGAUUCAUCUUUUUUAUUCAGCGGUGGGUACAUGGCUUCUUGUUGAAGCACAUGCUAUCUUUUCUGCUUUGGUGAAUGGAUCUUUUGGACCCCGAUAUACAUGUUACAUCAUGAUCGGAUGGGCUGCACCUCUUGGUAUGGUCGGUGGCUGUUUCACCGUCGUUUAUGACUACGGUUAUGAUUACAGAUGCUUGGUUGGACCGACAACGAACAUGCGUUUGCUUUUGGUUACCCCAAUCAUAAUAGUGACUCUGUUCGCUUUUACGAUAUCUCUCCUGACUUGCAUAAAUUAUGGAACACCGGCCGUGAAGAGAACUGCAAUAGUGAAUGAACUCAGGUAAAUGACA